AUGAAGCGGCAAGUAAUUACUGUACUUAUCGGCAUAGCAGUGUGCGCCUUUGUUCUAUGGCCAAUUCUUCUUCGUGGCCCGCAAAAGAGAUACAGCGCCAAGAAGACCAAGAAAGCCAAAAAGAACAACCCAGCCCGCAAAAUCGUCGGGUGUAUUCCCAUUCUUGAUGGCCAAGUCUUCCUCGUCAAUGGCCGUCGCAAGCACAAACUAACUCUUCCCAAAGGAGGUGUUGAUAACAACGAGCCACCUUACUACGCCGCCGGCAAAGAGGCCCUAGAAGAAGCCGGACUAAUCGGAGAAAUAGAUACAACUCCAAGUUUUACCGAAGCCGGCAUUGAUUGGUACAUGAUGAAAGUCACCCGUGUCCUCGACGACUGGAAGGAAAGACACGAACGUGUCCGCAAACAAAUGACUCUUGAAGAUGCCCUUCUUCAUUCCGAAGUCCGAGCCAUCACCAAAGUCGUACUCAAGCAAGCCGUACUCGUCGAAAAGGAAAGAGAGCACCCCCGUCUGCGCAACAAAGACCUAGUCGUCAAAAACCCCCGCCCAACCGGCACAACCGAACCCGCCACCAACGAGUCCCAAACAUUUGCACAGUUCAUCUAA